AUGUAUGAUUACAUCACAUUCAUUCGUGCAAUUUUGAUAUACAGUUUAUCAUCCGUGGGGAUGAUGCUGAGCAAUAAACUCGCUGUGAUGGCGCUCCCGCUGCCGUGUACCUUGGCAUUGCUGCAGAUGACAGCUACGCUUGUGCUGCUUGUUCCAUUCCGCUCGCAUGUGGAGGCAAUGACGUUGAGGGUCGCACGCGAGUGGGCUCCCGUGGCAUUGCUGUUUGCCUUCAUGCUGUACACUAGCAUGAAGAGCUUUGUUUAUGCCAAUUUGUCUACUGUGCUAACGUUCCGCAACCUCGGUUCCAUUGUAACGACAGUUGCAGAAUAUUAUUUGCUUGGCGAAUUAGUAAAUGCUGAGGUUAUUUUUUCACAGGUUGCCAUCUUUUGUGGAGCCGUGGUGUACGGCUGGGCAAACUCCACCUUCACCAUGGUGGGAUUAGUGUGGAUACUCGCCAACGUCAUUGGUCAAGGGUGCUAUGGAAUUCUUGUGAAGCAUAUGACGACGAAUGUUCCGGGGUUUGCAUCCGCCACCAAGUACACCUUGGCCUUGUAUAAUAACGCCAUCGCUAUCCCGAUGGUUUUUUUAAUUUUUCUUCAGCAUGACGAAAUACGGUAUAUUUCUCAAACGCUACCCGUCAUAACCGGUUUUGAUUGGUUUUGGAUUGGGAUUACGUGUGUCCUUGGUUUUAUGAUUUCAACGUCAGGAUUUGGUCUUCAGAAGCUUGUUUCUGCCGCCACUUUUAUUGAAGUAAACAAUUUGACGAAGUUUUUCAAUAUUCUCAUCGGUGUCAUUUUUCUACAUGAUCCCAUGGGUCUUGUUGACGGCGUUGGAUGCGUCAUUGCUCUUGUUGCAGGUGCCUGGUAUGCCUCAGCAAAAUAUCGAUUCAAAGAUGCUCAAUCAAAUGUACUGCACACAAACCUGCGUGAAUGCUGUGGUACAUCUUUCUGUGGAAAAAUGGUUCCGUGA